CACCCAUAUACUAUUUGCCUCCAGCUUUGAAAUCAAACUAGCCUUAACUUAUAUAUCUACUUGAGAUCGAACGUACACUUAGAACAGUUGAAAAUGGAGGGGGAGAGAGCAGAGGGUAAUGAACGGAAGAGUAAGCAGCCGAUCAGGGUGAGAGAUCAGACUCGAUACAGAGGGAUUCGGCGGCGGCCGUGGGGGAAAUACGCGGCGGAGAUUCGAGACCCUUCGAGGAAUGGGGCACGUCUAUGGCUAGGUACGUUCGAGACGGCGGAAGAAGCAGCGAGGGCUUAUGAUCGAGCUGCUUUUGGCUUUCGGGGUCAUUUGGCCAUCCUCAACUUCCCGAAUGAGUACCAGUAUCAUAAUCCAUCAACCAGCAGUAGCUCUUUCGUUGCAUCACAUUCGGUUUCUUCUUCAUCAUCAACAUCAUCUACUUCAGUUUCUUCUGCUCCUGCCGGUGGUGGAAUGCAAUUUGGAAACGAGGAAGGUCGAUUGAUAGAGUUUGAGUACUUGGACAAUAUAGUGUUGGAGGAGCUUCUUGAAGAGCGAAGGAAAGUUCUUGAGGAGGUUUGGGAGCACGCCCGACAAGCCCCAGAGGAGGCACGACAUGCUCAAGAGGAGGCACAAGCAGCCCGAGAGCAGGCCAGAGUAGCGCAGGAGAAGAUCCUUGAUUAUGAGCGCCGUAUACAAAUGUUGAAGAAGUAUGUGCAGUCGCAGCCGAGCGGACAAGAAGGCCAACAGCUUGAGGUUGAUGGUUAA